UCAUCAUUCUCCUGAGCUCGCAUUACGGCGGUCCAUGCUUCUCCGCAGCGCAGCAUCAGUACUGCUGAGGACCAGCACUGAGAUUUUCCACUUGAGUCCGGUGUCUACGGUCUGCCUUGUUCGGCAGUCGUUUCGCUACCCGCCCAGAAACAGGACGUUUUCCACGUCGGUCUGCUUGUGUAAGAAGAAGAAGAAGAGCUUGUGGCUGCAGCUGGCCGAAGGACAAACCAUGGACGGCAACAUUGAGGAGAUUCUCGCCCCUUUGAGGCUUGCUGUCAAAGAACAGGGGGACCUGGUGCGCCAAAUGAAACAGGAAGGAGCUCCAGAUGUAGAUGUGACAAAAGCUGUGGCUGAAUUAAAAGCAAGAAAGAAGGCUCUGGAAGCCAAAGAACUGGCAUUACAACCUAAAGAUGACAUUGUUGACAGAAGCAAGAUGGAGGACACCCUCAAGAGGCGAUUCUUCUAUGAUCAGGCCUUUGCCAUUUACGGAGGUGUGAGCGGCCUGUAUGACUUCGGCCCUGUGGGCUGUGCCCUAAAGAACAACAUCCUGCAGGCCUGGAGGCAGCACUUCAUCCAGGAGGAGCAGAUCCUGGAGAUCGACUGCACCAUGCUAACCCCUGAACCCGUCCUCAAGACUUCAGGACACGUGGAAAAAUUUGCGGACUACAUGGUGAAAGAUGUGAAGAAUGGUGAAUGCUUCAGGGCUGAUCACCUCCUCAAAGCUCAUCUCCAGAAGUUGAUGUCUGAUAAGAAGUGCACAGCAGAGAAGAAGGCUGAGAUGGAGAAUGUCAUCACUCAGUUGGACAACUACACCCAACAAGAGUUGACCGACCUCUUUGUGAAAUACAACGUCAGGUCACCCACCACAGGAAACGAGCUCACGCCUCCCAUCUCCUUCAACCUGAUGUUUCAGACAUCCAUUGGACCUGGGGGAAAUAUGCCAGGUUAUUUGAGGCCUGAAACCGCUCAGGGAAUCUUCCUCAACUUCAAACGUCUUCUAGAGUUCAACCAGGGAAAAUUACCAUUCGCUGCUGCUCAGAUAGGAAACUCGUUCAGGAAUGAAAUCUCUCCUCGCUCUGGACUCAUUCGGGUUAGGGAGUUCACCAUGGCUGAGAUUGAGCACUUUGUGGACCCCAAUGAGAAGGUCCAUCCUAAAUUUUCCAGUGUAGCUGACCUGGAUAUUAUGUUGUACUCCUCUAAAGCCCAGACCAGUGGCCAGUCUGCACAUCUCAUGAGGCUGGGGGAAGCUGUGGAGCAGGGAGUGAUCAAUAACUCCGUCCUGGGAUAUUUCAUCGGGAGGAUCUACCUCUACCUUACUAAAGUUGGUGUUGCCAAGGACAAGCUGCGUUUCCGACAGCACAUGGACAACGAGAUGGCUCAUUACGCCUGUGACUGCUGGGAUGCCGAAGCCAAAACCUCCUACGGCUGGAUUGAAAUAGUGGGCUGUGCUGAUCGGUCUUGUUACGAUCUGAAAUGCCAUGCACGAGCCACAAAGGUUCCCCUGGUUGCAGAGAAGCCUCUUAAAGAACCUAAAACCGUAAAUGUCGUCCAGUUUGAGGCCAACAAAGGAGCUAUUGGGAAGGCAUAUAAGAAGGACGCUAAGAUAGCCAUGGAGUAUCUUUCUGUGUGUGAUGAAUGCUUCAUUACAGAGCAGGAGCAGCUGCUUAAUGAAACUGGAGAGUUCACCAUCGAGACAGAAGGCAAGACAUUCAAACUCACAAAGGACAUGGUCAAUGUGAAGCGGUUUCAGAAGACUCUGCAUGUGGAAGAAGUUGUUCCCAAUGUAAUUGAGCCAUCUUUUGGCAUUGGUAGGAUCAUGUACACCAUUUUUGAGCACACAUUCCAAGUCAGAGAAGGUGACGAACAAAGAACGUAUUUUAGCUUCCCUGCUACUGUAGCUCCAUACAAAUGCUCCGUCCUACCUCUGAGCCAAAAUCAAGAAUUCAUGCCCUUUGUGAGGGAAUUAUCUGAAGCAAUGACCAAAAACGGCGUGUCUCAUAAGGUGGAUGACUCCUCAGGAUCCAUUGGGAGGCGCUACGCCAGGACCGAUGAGAUUGGCGUGGCAUUUGGCAUCACCAUCGACUUUGACACAGUUAACAAAACUCCUCACACGGCCACACUGAGGGACCGGGACUCCAUGAGGCAAAUCAGAGCCGAGGUCAGUGAGCUGCCUGAGAUUGUUCGGGAUUUGGCCAAUGGCACAUUGACCUGGGCAGAAGUGGAGAGCAAGUACCCCAUCUUUGAAGGGCAAGAAACCAGCAAGAAGGAUACAGCUGAAGAAUAAAGCUCACUUGGUCUG